AUGGAAGUCCCUACUACAGACACUACCGAUCCUUCUAGACGAUUAUCUAAUAUUACAGUGAGCUCUCUAGCAGUAUCAGAAGCUGAUGAUCACCAACAAGGCAAUAAUGAACAGCCAGUAACCAUGACUGCUACACCCAUUACCAAACGCUUUCAGAGCUUAGUACAUGGUGUUCAAUCCUUAAGAAGGUAUUCAGCUGCUGAGGCCAGUGUUGUAUUAAGGACAGACUCCUCAUCUGCUAUUAAUUAUUACACUAUUGAGGGGAAUAAGGAACUGCAACCACCAGUUACUAGAGCAGACGAGGAAAUACCAUCACGCUUUAUAAACCAUGAACGGACCUUUGGCUUCGACUUUAAUAAUCGGUAUAACUUGGUAUUCUUCCCUGAUGGUGAUAGAUUUGCCUAUGCUGCUGGGCAGUUUGUUAAAAUGUAUAUAUAUGAUAUCAGUAUGGAGUUCCAUACUGGGGAUCGGUAUCCAAUACCUUUAUAUAAAGUAUUACGUCGAGGAACGGAACGCGGCUACGCUUCAGUGGACUUCAGUCCUCAUGAUACUAAUCAACUAUGUACGUUGGGAUGCUCUACCGACUAUAUGCUAUCUAUAUGGGAUUGGCAGAAGGAGAAGGUCCUAUUACGAUGCAAGGCAUUCGGUCAAGAGGUUCUUAGAUGUGUAUGGGGAAGGGACCUUCUGGGAACAUUAAAAGUGUUAGGAGUCGGGCACAUACGAUUUUGGAAGAUGGCAGAGACCUUCACUGGUUUGAAGUUGCAAGGAGAUAUCGGCAAGUUCGGCCAGGCUGAGUUGAGCGACAUUGAGGCAUAUGCUCAGCUGCCCGAUGGGAAGGUCGUUACAGGUAGCGAGUAUGGCAAGUUGCUUCUCUGGGAAGGGGUCUUUGUGAAAUGCGAGAUGGUUCGUAAACCGGAGUGUGGCUUCACUAAUGACGGCACUAGUGAAUGUGCCACCUGCCACAACGGACCUAUUGGAGUGGUAUUCCUAGCUGACCUCAUUACUACUACUACCAAGGAUGAAGAAUCAGCUGCUAUCACUAGUGUGGUCAUCACAGCUGGACAUGAUGGGUACAUCAGGUGGUGGUCUUUUGAGGAUAUCGAUAUGGCUGAGUCCCCUGAUGAAGUCGACUGUACUGAUGUUGGUAUUACUAUGCUCAAGGAGUUGCGAGUACCUGCUUAUGGAUCAACAACACCACCAGCUUGUAUACAACACAUUGAGAGGUCCUCACCUGAGGACAUUCCUACCAAGUGGCUAGUACAAGAUUCCCGUAACGGUGCUGUAUGGCUUAUCAAGUUCACCGAUACUCAGAUGCCUGAGAUACUACAGGUAUUAAGAGCUCCUGCUGGCCCUCUUGCUAGUGGAAUUGGUAUUAUUAUGGAUACCUAUCAUGAGCAGUUGACCUCAAGUGCUGCCAUUGUUGGAGGAGAGGAGGAUGGCCUUAUACGUGCUUAUAAUAUUACUAUCGAUACCUCUACUAUGUCUGAGGAUUUCCAUUAUGAAUUGAGAUAUGAUGAUGAUGAUGAUGAAGUCAUAAAGGUGACCUCUAUGGCUAUGGUAUCUGCUAAUGAUAUCAUCGUGGGAUAUGAGGAUGGCACGGUGCGAUGCUUGGCCUUAACCUCAGAGGGGUUUGUAUUGUGUGGUUCCUGGAAGCCACACUCCAACGUAUCUGUUGAUAUGAUAUUAAAGUCUGAGGACCUUCUUAUCACAAUCUCCAAGGCUGAUUCCACACCCUUCUUGUUCCGUAUUACCAAGGAGGGCCCAUCUACUGCUUCUACCCUCAACCCUCUUGGCUUUAUUCAAGUCGGGGCUAAGAUAAGGAAUAUGAAGCGGAGACAGGAGGAGGAGGAGGAGGCUGAGCGUAAGGCCAAUGAGAGGGAGAUAGAGGGCAAAGAGGAAGAGGAAGCUGAUGAUGGGGAUGAGAACCAGCAGCAGCAGGACCAAGAUGAUGAUGAUGAUGAUGAAGUUGAGGAUGAUGUAUCUAAGGAAGGCUACAUUACCUCAUGUUGCUUAUCUAAGAGUAGCAUCCUCCUUGCUGGAGUUGGGUAUUAUGGUGGAUAUCUGUGGGAACUGGAUGAUGUACAGGAUGAGGAGGCUAGACCUAAGUUGGGACUCAUACAAGAUGCUCAGCCAGUCUUAAUGAUGUGGUCACCGAGUGAGAACUAUCUUAUUAUCGGCUACAAUAAUGGACGUGUGUGGCUGAUCCUCGAGGCCAGUAGGCUAUUGGAAGGUCAACGUAGAGAGGGGAAGAGUGGAAGUAUGAUGAUCGGGGAUAUGAUGUUCCCAGCUCCAGAGAGUACUCUCCGAUGUGAUCUACCCCCACUGGUAAGCAGCACUUGUUGGGAAGGAUUGCCGCCUAAGGCCACGUCAGUGCCGGAAAGGGUGGAGGUGGUUAUCACAACUCGUGGCCACUACUCUCUAGAGGAAGAGAAGUUAAAGGCUGAGGAGGAGAGGGCUCGAGCCGUUGCUGAGAAACACAAAGAAGGGGUUAGGAAGGAGGUUGUCGUACUCCGACAAGAGCUGGAAGAGAUUAAGUCAGAUUUCUAUAAGAAGGUAGAGGGAGCCAAUCUACAGCCAUUGAGUGUGAAGGAGGCAACCACCUUAUUCACUGUUGAUGAUGAGUAUGUACAUAGUCUACGACGAGAUAUAGAUGCCACUGUGGAAGGGGUGAGGGUAGAGAUGGCAUAUGAUAUUGAGAAGAGCUUAUUGGGUGUAUCGAAGUUGAAGGAACACUUCCUAAAGGGACUAGAGUGUGAUCAGUCAAUACAGGUCUCGUCCUUUGGAUCUCACUUAGCUCGUGUUGGUACAUUCCGUCUACAGAUCCUUCCUAAACAGUUCCAUCAUGAACUAGCUCGAUUAAGGGGGAUGGAGGAUAGUGUUGAUGUUAUAGAGGAAACUGAAGAGAAGUAUACCGAUGAUGAAGAGCAGGAACAGCAGCAGCAGAAGGGGCUGCUUACAGCUGUGCUGAAAAGGGAGAUGAGGAGGGCUAAACGGGAAGAGCGUAGGAGGCGAUUACAGGAGGUUAGAGAUGCAAGACCUGAUGAUAGUAUAGAUAAUGAGAAGGAUGUGGAGGCUAUUGCGGAGGCUAAGGCCAGUAUCGGUAACCAUAUGCUCAAGUUAAGUCCACAGUAUAAACUACCAGAGAGGUCGGAUGAAUACUGA